AUGCCUUAUAUCAUUGGGCUUAAUAGUGGUUCCUCUUUCGACGGAAUCGACGCUGUUCUGUGUAGUGUCGAUAUUGCCUCAGAUGGCCAUCCGAGUCGUCCAAGGUAUAUACACGGCAUCUCUGAACCGUGGCCAGAGGAGUUGCAGUCCGAUAUUUUGCGGGCUUUCUCCAAUGACCUCCCGGUGUUUGACCUGUGCAGGCUAAACUAUGCUGCAGGUGCCGCCUAUGCCGAGAUAACCAACAAGUUGCUCGACAAGGUGGGAAUGGUACCAGAAGAUAUUGAUGUUGUCGGUUAUGACGGCCAAACAGUCUACCAAGAGCCUCCCGACAGAGACAGGCAACAAGAAUAUGGUGCAAGCGCGAGCCAAAGCCUGGUUGAUCGAUGGACAAAGGGUGGAUUUGCAUGCGGUCUUUUCAUCGUCGAGUCCGGUGUUGUCACAGCCCUGACCAACGUCACAACUGUCACCCAGUUUCGCCCGAUUGACCAUGCAUUGGGAGGUUCAGGGGCGCCGCUCAUGCAGUAUCUCGAUUUCUGCUCAUUCCGCAAUGAAGGGCCCGUCGUUUCCCUAAAUAUCGGUGGCAUUGCCAAUCUGCAACUUGCUGCCGCAGAACGGCAGAAGAUGAUGGCAUUUGACACUGGUCCGGGCAACGUGAUGAUCGACCAUGUGAUGAAAGUUCGAGAAGGCAAGCCAUAUGAUGCUGGGGGUGCAGUGGCAGCCAGAGGCCAAGUGAUUCCUACACUUUUGGAGAGGCUUGAAGGUCACCAAUUCUUCCUCCGGAAACCACCUCGUUCGGCAUGGCGCCUGGACUUCGGGGGCCAGCAUGUGGACACAAUCCUGCACGAUUACAGAACUGCAUCGACCGAGGAUCUGUUGUCGACUCUCACACUUUUCACGGCAAAGGCAAUCGAGCGAUCGCUUGUUGAAUUCAUUCUGCCCAAAGCGGCUGUAAAGACGGUCGUUGCCAGUGGAGGUGGUACCAAGAACGAGACGCUCAUGAGGCACCUGAAGGGGAUGCUGGCCCUACACGGUGUAGAUCUUCGCAUCAGCGAUGAAUAUGGGCUUCCUGCCCCAUUCAAGGAAGCCAUCAAGUUUGCAAUUUUGGCAUUUGCGUGCAAACAGGGGCUGGCCAACAAUAUUCCCGCGGCUGGCGGAGCCUCCUCCUUUGCUGUCCUGGGCAAACUGAGCUUGGCACCUAGACUAGCAAAGAACGGUGGUGUCAUCUCAGAAAGUGACAUCCGUCCGGGGGAUGGAUUGGAUGAGAGCUGA